GUCAAAUUUAUGGUGUAAUCAGGUCGAGUGUCACCCACAAGGAUCAACGAUUUUAAAAAAACCUUCAAAACUAUCUUUACAAUUUGGUGUUGAUGUUGUUACUUGUGCAUCUGUCAUUUGAUUGCUAGUUUAUUGCUGUAGAUAGUAUUAGUAGAAUUAAUAGAUAACUUAUAAUACUCAUAUAAUAAUAUACUCAGACUUACAAACAGUAUUUAUAAUGAUUCGGUUCAUCCUCAUACAGAACAGAGCUGGAAAAACCAGGUUAGCGAAAUGGUAUAUGAAUUUUGAUGAUGAUGAGAAACAGAAACUAAUUGAAGAAGUUCAUGCAGUGGUUACUGUUAGGGAUGCCAAGCACACAAAUUUUGUUGAGUUUCGUAACUUCAAAAUUGUAUAUAGAAGAUAUGCUGGGCUCUACUUCUGCAUAUGUGUGGAUGUAAAUGACAAUAAUCUGAGUUACCUAGAAGCAAUACACAAUUUUGUAGAAGUUCUUAAUGAAUAUUUCCACAAUGUAUGUGAAUUAGAUUUGGUUUUUAACUUUUAUAAAGUAUAUACAGUGGUCGAUGAAAUGUUCCUAGCUGGAGAAAUCAGAGAGACUUCCCAAACAAAAGUUUUAAAGCAACUGUUGAUGUUAAACUCCCUAGAAUAGCUGUUUUUGUUGAUAUUCGGUAUGGAUGCUGAUCAGUAGCAUUUGAUCUUCUGUAAACUGAACCUUUAUGUUGGAUGUGUGUUAUUGUAUCUACCUAAAUUAUCAUUUUACUGAUAGUUAAUGCAGAGCUAAAAGCUAGAUCAGGUUAAGAUAAGUGUAAAGUACUCUAUGACAUACUUAGUAUCGAAAUAUUCCAUAUUAUUAUGUUUUUUUAAUGUUUAUGUUUAGUUUAAGGAAAAUAUAUUUUUAACGUCUCAAAUUGUUAAAUGAAGAGAUAUUUUAAACCAAUUUUUAUUAGAUAAAAUGUACACAAAACGGAAUAUCUCCAAAUUUAAUGAAAUAUAUAAACUAUAAUAAGACAAAUAAAAUGCUUCAUUUACUUGUUUGUU